GCUAUCACGUCUGACGUGAGACCGAAUGCCCCACCGGGCAUGUAUAACGCGUUUUGUUUUUUCAGUUCCGAUCACCGUUGCGCUUCCGAACGCUGUUGCAGUUCUGACGCGACAACGGAAAGGGAAAUAUGGCAUUUUAUGGUGUUUUGCGUCAUCUGCGGGUGGCCAAAGAUUUGGACCGCAAUGACAGAAGAUGACUAUGCUCACCGUGGUUUUGCGCAUCGGAGAUGCAUUGCCGGAGCACUAAGAUGGGGACGACGAGACGGACGACAGAUCCAUGUUGAUCGUCUUUGCUGCCCUAAGGCCACAGCCGAAACUGUCACGCAGACGGACGAAGUGUCUGUCACCAACGGAGAUUCAGUUUACCGCACUCCAGUGGCCACUCGUGACGUCGCGUGUGGCCAUUUCGAAAUAUCGUAUGCGGAUGGAUACACCCAGGCUAGUCCGGCCACUAGCGAUGCUGCGUCCGGUGAUCAAACCCUUUACGUGGACAAAUCCGCUCAGGUCGAUGUGACUAUGUGCCAGAUCGCUUCAGGCGUCGACGUUGAGUGCGUAAACGGUCCCGCACGUUCGUGUAACGUGAUGGUGGAAAAAAGGGCGCGGACGAUGGCCGAUGAAAUGGCACAAUUGGUCGAUGCACAGAUAACAUUGGGAUUGCCUGCAGCCUUGGCACCGACGGCCGAUAGUACCUCUGGCCCCAGCAUGGAAUAUCGCUCGUCAAAAGCUGAAACCCAGCCAGUAUGUACUCCGUUUGCCCAGAGGUACUGGCACAGCAUAUUGCCAAGCGGUGCACUUCGUUCGGCACGGUCUUGGACCCGUUUUGUGGUGCCGGGGGGGAAUGUUAUACAGCUGGCAUUGAUUUGUGAUCACGUUAUCGCCAUCGACUUGGAUCCAAAAAAAAUAGCUUUGGCCAAGAAAAAUGCAGAGGUUUACGGAGUGGCCCACCGGAUAGAUUUCAGGGUGGGAAAUUCUUUUUCGGUGGCCACUAACCUCAGGGUGGACGCCGUUGUCACCUCACCACCAUGGGGCGGUCCAGGAUACGAAAGGCGAGCAAAGUUUGACGCCAGAGACCUUUGUGGACGUGACACGGGUGGCAUGGCAGCUAUUAUUCGGAUGGCACGUGCAGUUGCGCCCAGAGUGGUUCUGCACGUACCAAAGAAUAUAGAUAAAGACCAAUGUUUGCAGAUAGCAAUGGACGAGGGGUUCAGUCGAAUACAGUACGAAAGUGUAUCGAUUGACAAAAAGCCGAACUGUCUGAACCUCUAUCUAACAAGAAACGACACUCACGCACGAGGAAUACCAGUUCAAACUUUAAAAUCGGUGCAACUGGAUAAUCCAUCGUUAAACAGACAACAAAAAAUCGAACGUCUUCGUACAGAGAAUAAGUUCAUGUACAUGACGUAUUUAAAUAAGGUUGCACGAUUCUUCGAAACAAAUCAUGUAUAAAUGUAUCAGAUUAUUGAAUAUAUAAGGCACAACAUCAUUUUCGUCCUACCAAAAUACGAAAAUUACAACUUGGCUAUUUUUACUUUUCCAUAUUUACAAUUUUG